AUACAUUGUUUGGAGCAAUAGAGCAAGAAGCUUCUCUUCUCUUGUCAUUUCUCAACCACGCGUACACCAUAAGCUUCUCUUCUCUUCUUCGUUAAGCAAACCAAUCUCAAUUCAAUUCCCAUAACCAAUCGAUUUCAAUUCAAUUCUGUAACCCAAUUCAAUUCAAACCCUACCUUCCACCUUCACCGCCAACCAUGGUUCCACCGGCGGUUCAAUCGCCGGACCCACAAGCCACACAGCAGUUCCUCAGCUCCGUCCUCUCCCAACGCGGUCCCUCCGCCGUCCCCUACUCGGAGGACACAAAGUGGCUCAUCCGCCAACACCUCGUUGCUCUCACCGCCGCCUUCCCUUCCCUGGAACCCAAAACCGCCACCUUCACCCACAACGACGGCCGCUCCGUCAACCUCCUCCAAGCCGUCGGAACCAUCCCUAUGACCUACCAAUCCGUCACCUACAACAUCCCCGUCGUCAUCUGGCUCAUGGAGUCUUACCCUCGCCACCCACCUUGCGUCUACGUUAACCCCACCAGAGACAUGAUCAUCAAACGCCCCCACGCUCAUGUUAACCCUUCUGGGUUGGUUUCCGUUCCCUAUCUGCAUAAUUGGAUCUACCCUAGUUCCAAUUUGGUUGAUCUCGUUCUCUCUACCAGUCAUCUCUUUGCUCGUGACCCACCCCUCUAUUCCCAACGUAGACCUAACCCUAAUCCCAAUCCGAAUUUCGCUACUUCUGCAUCGAAUUUGUCGAAUUCGUCAUCUGGGUAUCAUAACCACCCCCACCACCCUCCUCCUCAGAGGCCGUAUCCUCCUUCGCCUUAUGGUUCAGUGGGUUCUCCUGCUAGGGUUUCUUCCCAGGCUGAGGACCCCAGUGAGGUUUUCAAGCGGAAUGCGAUCAAUAAGCUUGUGGAGACGGUGCAUAACGAUGUUACCGCGUUGAGGAAGACGAGGGAGAGUGAGAUGGAGGGGCUGUUUAGUUUGCAGGGGGUGUUGAAGCAGAGGGAGGAUCAUCUCAAUAGGGGUGUGAGGGAGAUGCAGGGGGAGAUUGAAGGGUUGGAGCAGCAGCUUCAGAUGGUUUUGAUGAAUACUGAUAUUUUAGAGGGGUGGUUGAGAGAGAAUCAAGGGAAGAAGUUGGGGGGUUUGGAGAAUGCUGAGGAGGCUUUUGACUGUAUGGAUGUGCUAUCAAAGCAGAUGCUUGAUUGCACUGCUUCGGAUUUGGCUGUCGAAGAUACUCUCUAUGCAUUGGAUAAGGCAGUUCAGGUUGGGGCUGUACCGUUUGAUCAGUACUUGAGGAGUGUGAGGGCACUGUCGAGGGAGCAAUUCUUUCAACGAGCUACUGCUGCAAAAGUUAAAGCUGCUCAGAUGCAGGCUCAGGUUUCUAAUAUGGCUGCUCGGAUCCAACAUUAUGCUAGCUGAGAUGCAGGCUCAAGUUUCAGUUGAUGGAAUCCUUCAUUGUGUGGUACCGGGUACAGAUUGCUAUUUGUUUCUUCACUUGAAGUCGCUGUUUCUUGGCUACAGCAUAAAUUGGUAAACCCUUAUAGCCUUCAAGAACUCUGGAAUUACUAAGUACAAAACUUGUUACAGGCAUGAGGAUGUACCAUUGUUCUUAUACAGACUUAAUGAUAUGAAUUUGUUGAAAAUUUUGGUUUCAGGGCAUGUUAGCUCAACUUUUUUAUUGUUUAGAGGUAUACAUGCUUAUGGAUUAUAGAUUUGUCCCACGUUAUGAUGGGUAUGUGUAUACAUGUGUUUUUUUUUU